UCAGUCCACCGGGAGCGCUCGGGGCUGCGUGGUGUGCGUCCGCUCCCCGUUGUACCUGAGACUAUGAAGACCUGAGCUGACCCGACCGUGGACCUGUCGCCCCUCGAGACAAUAUGGACUUCCCUGAUCAAUUCCAAGAACAGCCGCCGCAACAGGAGCAGGCUUCUGGUGCCAAGACGGACAACUACCAUGAGGACAUCUUCCCUUCAGAAGAAGCAUCAACGUCUCAGGAGUCACGGCGGGACGCGGACGCCAGACCCGAACCCGGCGAGGGAUGUCCAGUGUGCGGGGAUAAAAUAUCGGGGUACCACUACGGCCUGCUGACCUGCGAGAGCUGCAAGGGUUUCUUCAAGCGCUCCGUGCAGAACAACAAACGCUACACUUGCGCAGAGGGACAGAGCUGCCCGAUGAACGUCGCCCAGAGGAAGCGCUGCCCCUCCUGUCGCUUUCAAAAGUGUCUGACGGUGGGCAUGAAGACAGAAGCCGUGAGAGCGGACCGCAUGCGAGGCGGCAGGAACAAGUUCGGACCCUUCUACAGGCAGAUGAAAGAAAAAAAAGUGCACCCCCAGGCCAACGCUGCCCCCUAUAGGACCAAAAUGGAAACAACGCAAAGGCUUUGGCCUGCAGCUGCUAGUGACUGUUCAUUCAUGCGCAACCCCACGAGCGCUCCCAUGUCGCCGGACGCUUUCCACCAAUCACACAUGUAUCCCCCCUUGCCUUUAGACUGCACUAUGAACGACGACAGGGUGGUCCCUCCUCCGCCACUUCCCUACAGCGGAAUUCGUCACCAGACAUUCCCCGGUUACCUCCCGGAGGAACUACAACCGCCUCUGGGCUACAGCCCGACUCCUUCACACUACCCCACGCACAGAACCCCGAGCAGCACGUACAUGUUACGAACCCCCUCGACUUCGCCGUGCUCAAGCGUCCCAUCCACCCCGCCCGGCCCGGUCGACUGCUCGGCCCCCCACGGCGCCCACUCGGCCUUUCUCGCUCAACUCCUGGAAGGGGAGCAAGACGAGAGUCAGCUAUGCGCCAAGGUGGUGGCCAGUCUGCAGAGGGAACAAGCCAACCGAGGCAAGCACGACUGCCUCAACACGUUUAGUAUCAUGUGCAAAAUGGCGGACCAGACUUUGUUUAGUUUGGUGGAGUGGGCCAGGAACAGUUCGCUCUUCAAGGAGCUCAAGGUGGAAGACCAGAUGGUCCUUCUACAGAGUUGCUGGAGUGAGCUGCUGGUUCUGGACCAUCUCUGCAGACAGGUCAACUAUGGAAAAGAGGGUUGCAUAUAUCUGGUCAUGGGACAACAGAUCGAGAUGUCAACCAUCAUUUCUCAAGCAGGAGCCACACUCAGCAGUUUGGUUACCAGAACACAGGAUUUGGUGUCCAAACUGAAGGCACUCCACUUUGACAGGCACGAGUUUGUCUGUCUCAAAUAUUUGGUGCUUUUUAACCCCGAUGUGAAGUCCGUGCAAAGUCGGCAGCAAGUGGAGCACACGCAAGAGAGAGUGAACAGGGCGCUGAUGGAGCACACGCAGAGGACUCACCCGGGACACUCGGACAAAUUUGGCCAGUUGCUGCUUAGGCUGCCCGAGGUGCGCAGCAUCAGCCUGCAGGUGGAGGAAUAUUUGUACCAGCGCCACCUGCUGGGUGAUUUACCCUGUAACUCUCUUCUUACUGAGAUGCUGCACACCAAACACAGCUGAGAUCACUUUUGAAAACGUUGCAACUUCAUAUGACAGUCCAAUUAAAAUAGGGAUUGUUUUUUUUCGUUUUUUUAUUUACAUGGUGACGACCUCAACCUGCU